AUGCCAAGAAAGGACAGAAGUGGAGCACAUCUUCUUUUAUUUCCAGCUGGUGCUGGAUACUCCGUGUGCAUGGCUUUAAAAAACAAGCUAGCACUUGGGAAAAGUGCAAUAGUUGAGCAGAUGUUUAUGCCGUGUAAUUAUGCUGUUAUGUCUUUAAUCAUUCUAGCAGCCAUUCUUAUGACCAACAGAAAAAUUCUUAACAGACUGCAUAAAAUAUUUGGGGGGGUAUUCAUAUUCUCAGCUAUGUACAUGAUGGUAUCUAGGCUGGUUAAAGACAGUAUUAUUGCAAGACUGGGUACUAUGGCACAGCACUAUAUUCUUGUGUAUUUUAUAUGCGGGAGUAUUUUUGUCUGGGAAAAAUUACCGGUUAUUUCUAUCCUUUCAAAGGAGCUGUCUCCUAACUCACACUGGGACUUUAAGAUAGGAUAUUUAGUCUUGAAUAUUUCAAUAUAUUCUACGCACACCUAUUCUCUUCACUUCUUUAAUAGUCAGUUAGACUUAGCAAUAUGUGAUUAUGGGUACUUUGGGUGUAUGUCUGUGUUUUAUAUAGCAAAUACUAUAAUUGGGCCAUUUGCAGAGAGAAACAAAGCAACUAAAAAAGCAACAAUUGGGCUGUCUUUAGUCUCUGCUGCUAUAUACAGUUUAUUUUUAGUGAUCCGUCUACUGAGCAGUGAUUCUCGUUCAAUGCUGGUUAUAUAUGGAAUAUUUGCGCUUUAUGUGAUUGUUCUUUCUGCAAUUUUCCCACUGUAUGAUGUUCUGGUUUUAAACCACAUGGAGAAGGAGUACGCGGGAAUGGAAGUAUGUGAGAGAAAAGAAAUAUUCACAAGGAUUAGGCUAUGGGCAUCUAUUGGGCAUGCAAUUGCUGGUCUGGUUAUUUCCUAUCUGUAUAAGACACUUGUUAGCAAUUCACACACACCCUCUUCUAAAGAGGUUCCAUUGGGUCUAUUUGUAGUUCUUAUUGUGGUAGUGGUGGCAAGUGCCCUGUGCUUUGUCGGAAUUGUGCACUUUUCACUAGAAGAAAAAACAGACAUUUCCAGCACUUUAUACAAGAAAAAGGCAUCUACAGCAGAGAAAACCACUGGAACUGAAGAUGUAAGUAAGUUGGAUACAUCCGAGACCAUAAAAAAGCCAAAGAGUUUAUUAAGAAAUAGCGACUUUUUAUUUCUUAUUUUUGUGAUUACUUCGAUUGGUAUAACCAGAGGCAUUUCUUCUCAUUAUUUAGUCACGUAUUUAUCAGUGUACUUUGGAGUGGAAUUUUCCAAAGUUACAUCUAUUCUUUGCAUUAGAACAUUCAGUGAGAUGUGCAUACUUUAUUACAGUAAGCAUCUUCUGAAAUUCUUCGGAUAUCACUGGCUACUCCUUUUUUCUUUAAUGGCAGCCACAAUGAGAGACUUUAAUUACGCAUUCCUUUCAAAGUCGUAUCCAAUAUUAUUUGCAACUAUUAAUGAAAUGUUCAAAGGGAUCAGUUCUUCCUGUCUUGUGUUCAGUGCCGUUAAUAUUGUUGAUGAACUUGCUGAUAAUGACAGUAAAGCAAUGGCACAAACAUUCUACAGUGGUUUUUAUAAUGGAAUAUCCAUUUUAGCCUCUUCUUUACUCAGCAUUGCCAUUAUUCGACACUUUAAAGACUUUAGAUCACUAUUCCAUGCAUCUUCUACUUUUGGACUACUGUGCUGCUGUAUUGUUAUUAUAAAAUACGGCAUUAUUGAUCGAAAAUUACAGCUUAGAAAAAGGGUAGAUAUUAAAUAAACCU